AUGGCAGCUCUUGUCCAGACUUAUCCCGCCCAACAGCAGUCAUCAGCUCCCGUUAGUCUCAUGCAGCCGCGUUCGCAAGCGUCGCAUGGUGCUUCUCAGGGACCCGGACAGCACAACGGCAACGCUUCGCGAUACAACAACAGCAACAACGGUGGCAGCUAUCGGGUCUACUCCGCUCCCGUUUCACCCUAUGCCUUCACAUCGACCCCUGGCCUUACCUCUUUCAAGGCGCCGAGUCCCUCCAAGCCUGCCAUGGGUGGCAGACCGGACGACACCCGACAAGCCUACACCUCUCUGGACUCGCUGUCAUCCGACGCCAACUUACGUGUGCCGUCCCAAUCAUCCCCACGUUCGACCGACGACUCUUCCCUCAAUCAAGGCUCGCGACAGAACGUGAGGCCGCUGUCGACCACGAUACAAGCCAUACCACCAGCGGCUCCAUCUCCCACCCGAGAAAAGCCCGACAGGUACAAGCGGGUCAACAGAAAUUCACAACUUGGCUUGCCUGCUGGUUCAGCUCAGCCCAGUGGCUCAGGGGUGGCUGCCGUCUACCAACAUCCCAGCCGAGCCAACAGUUCUCCGUCGCUACCUAACAGCAACGGCGCGGCAAAUCUUGGACAAGGUGUCGUAAAGGCCCCUUUUGUUGGCGACUACACCGGACAGCUACGCAGCCAAUCUGUCGACGACAUCCACACAUACCAACGACCUUCGACCUACCAAACGACUCAGAGCAGACGAAGAUCAGUGGGUCCUGGAUCCAUGACGGCCGAAAAUUUCCAGAGUUUUUUGAGGCAGGAGCUUGCGAGUACCAACCCGAUCGGCGCGGUCGCGCCCGAUACGUCUACCGGAAGCAAGAACACUGUGGUUGGAGACUUCAAGCCCCCGAUGAGACCCGGAAGCCGACGGACGGGUAGUACCGAUAGUUCAGCUUCGGGUAGCUCCUCUCGUGCUUCGAGCAAUCGAAACUCCAUCGUAUCGAACGGUUCCAACACAGCGCAGUCGCCCGUACAGACGACGGUCGCACCGACCCACGAGUACAACGUCGUCAACAUCCCACCACGAGGCUCAUCAGCCGACGUUAGCAAACGGACGACCGCUCCUUCUCCCCUUUCGAGAUCCGCAGUCGGCCCCGAAUCCAACGCAGCCGGAAAGAAGCCCAUGACACCUGUUGCGGCCGAAACAGAGGAGCGUGGCAAGAACUCUUCCGCGGUCGAGCAUCUCAACGCAUUGAACGAUGGCCCGAAGAAGGGAAUGAAGAACAGACUUCGGCGUGCAUUUUCUUUCGGAAGUGCGGCUGAACUGAGAAAGGCUUCGGCCGUCAAUUCGAUGCGUGGCGAGGAGGCUGCAGAGCGUGCCCGAGCCCGCCAGGAUAGAUUCCGAGAAGAGCAGGACAUAGAGCAGGCGCGCAUCGCGAGACGCCAGGAAGCUGCUGGGUUGGGCGAGAACAUUUACAACGGUCAGGGCAACUUUUUCACCGGAUCGACCGACAAUAUCUCGGUUUCGUCCACCGCGUCGUCCGCCUCGAUCAUGAUCCGCAAGAUGGGCAAGGGCAUCAAGAGACAGAGUCGUUCGCUCGUCGGGCUUUUCAGGCCGAAAUCGGUUACCGGAGUUGAGCCCGCGAGCGGUCCCGUGUCCGCACAGCCCAGCCCAGGUCAGGUUUCGAUGAUCACGGUUGAAGCCGAACGAGAAAAGGUCAAUGUCAACGUCAAUGCUGCCGACCAGGUGGGUGGAGGAACGGGCUUUCCCAAACUCGAACGGAAUUCUCUCGAGGUGAACUCGCGAGUCGGCACCGCCAAUUCCGAGGGACGGAGAGGUAGUGCCAGCGGCAGUAGUCAUAGGAGAAGGAGCGUUGUUGGUGGAGAGACGGAGGUUACGGCUUCGGUGAAGGGAAUCCUUAAACGCGCUGGUUCUUCCUCCCCGGUGACCAAGCCCACCGACACACUUCCGUCCGGAUUCCAGCUCCCCGAGAUCCCCAUCGUAUCUGGACCCGAAAACCAGCGACCGGGAAGCAACAAAUCCCAGUCCGUCAAGGACAAGAACGAGCAGGAAGAUUACUUCAUGGCGCCCCCGAGGCUUAAUGUCAACUCCCACAGUGCUCCCGCAUCCCCCAGCUCCGGCUCCAAGUUCAACGUCAGCUUCAGCCCUCGCAUCACCUUCCACGAUACCUGGCCCAGUGGCGAAUACGACAGGCGCGGCGAGAUUGCCACGUGCAACCGCCUUACGCCCCUGUUGGCCCAGCAGAUUAAGGAAGAGUUGAACACAUUCAAGAUGGAAAUGGAUGUUCAUGAGGAUUCAAAGGUGUACACGCAUUUCUUCUAA